AUGGAUCUUGAAAUUAAGCCAGCGACGAUUGAUGAUGUCCCUUUGAUUUUACACUUUAUUAAAUCCUUGGCAGCUUAUGAAAAAUUAUCUCAUGAAGUAACAGCAACAGAGGAUAUAUUACGAGAAACACUCUUUGGUGAGCGUCGAUAUGCUGAAGUCGUUUUUGCAUAUGCUCGAAAGACAAAGGAUUCCCCCCUUGAGCCUGCUGGAAUGGCUCUCUUUUUCCAUAACUUCUCAACCUUCACUGGAAGACCAGGGAUUUAUCUCGAAGACUUGUUUGUUCAUACAGAAUUUAGAGGUUCUGGUAUCGGCAAGAGUCUCUUGAUAUACCUCGCUGCUCUUGCAAAGGAGAGAAACAGUCCUCGAUUUGAAUGGGUGUGCCUUGACUGGAACGAAUCUUCUUUGAAAUUCUAUAACUCAUUAGGCGCUAAACAGCUCAAAGAAUGGAUCAUUCAUCGUGUGGAAGGAAAGAACCUUGACAGUCUUGCUGCCUUGUAA